GGAAGUAGGCGCAAGUGCUCCGCAGUGGCUGCGCCGCAGGGAGUUGUGGGGAGAGCGUGGGCAAGUCUGACAGCCCCACCAUGAAUUCAGUGACCUAUGAUGAUGUGCAUGUAAACUUCACUCAGGACGAGUGGGCUUUGCUGGAUCCUUCCCAGAAGAGUCUCUACAAAAAUGUGAUGCUGGAGACCUACAGGAAUCUCACUGCUAUAGGCUACAAAUGUGAUGACCAUAAUAUUAAAGAAGAUUUUCAAAGAUCUAGAAGACUUGGAAGGUAA